AUGGCCCUGAGUGAUGUUGAUGUGCAGAAGCAGAUUAAGCAGAUGAUGGCUUUCAUUGAGCAGGAAGCCAGUGAAAAGGCAGAGGAAAUAGAUGCCAAGGCUGAGGAAGAGUUCAACAUUGAGAAAGGACGCCUUGUGCAAACCCAACGACUGAAGAUUAUGGAGUAUUAUGAGAAAAAGGAGAAGCAGAUAGAGCAGCAGAAGAAAAUCCAAAUGUCCACCAUGAGGAAUCAGGCAAGGCUGAAAGUUCUAAGAGCCCGAGAUGACCUCAUCUCAGUAUUGCUCAGUGAUGCAAAACUGAGACUCGACAGUAUUGUGGAGGACCCAAAAAUCUACCAAGUGCUGCUGGAUAAACUAGUGCUCCAAGCUCUGCUCCGGUUGCUGGAGCCUGUGAUGAUUGUGCGUUGUAGGCCACAGGACCUCCUCCUGGUGGAGGCUGCAGUGCAAAAAGCCAUCCCUGAAUACAUGAUGGUCUCCCAAAAACAUGUGAAGGUCCAGAUUGAUCAAGGGGCACACUUGGCUGUGAAUGCAGCUGGAGGUGUGGAGGUCUACAGCACUGAUCAGAGAAUAAAGGUUUCCAAUACCCUGGAAAGUAGACUGGAUCUCUUAGCUCAGCAAAAGAUGCCAGAAAUACGAAUGGCUUUGUUUGGAGGCAAUGCCAACAGAAAGUUUUUUAUGUAA